CUACAGGCUAUUGAUGGCAUUUACAUUGACAAGAAAUGCCCCUUCACUGGAAAUGUCUCCAUCCGUGGUCGUAUCCUCUCCGGCGUGGUGACCAAGAUGAAGAUGCAGAGGACCAUCGUCAUCAGACGUGACUACCUGCAUUACAUCCGCAAAUAGACCCGCUUUGAGAAGAGGCACAAGAACAUGUCGGUCCAUCUCUCACCUGCCUUCAGGCUAUUGAUGGCAUUUACAUUGACAAGAAAUGCCCCUUCACUGGAAAUGUCUCCAUCCGUGGUCGUAUCCUCUCCGCCUGACUGCUGCUCACUCUGGCUCCACAACAAACCACCGCCCGGCCCUCUAGAGAUGUCAAUACCUAGCCAGCCUACAAUUAGAGUAUGACGGAGAGGGCUUAUCAGAAGCAGCCAACCAUCUUCCAGAACAAGAAGCGUGUUCUGGUUGGUGAAGGUGGCAAGGAGGCCAAGGAGAAGCUCCCACGCUACCACAAGAGUGUUGGGCUAGGCUUUAAAACUCCAAGAGAGGCUAUUGAUGGCACUUACAUUGACAAGAAAUGCCCCUUCACUGGAAAUGUCUCCAUCCGUGGUCGUAUCCUCUCCGGCGUGGUGACCAAGAUGAAGAUGCAGAGGACCAUCGUCAUCAGACGUGACUACCUGCAUUACAUCCGCAAAUACAACCGCUUUGAGAAGAGGCACAAGAACAUGUCGGUCCAUCUCUCACCUGCCUUCAGAGACGUCUCCGUCGGAGACAUUGUUACCGUCGGAGAGUGCCGACCCCUCAGCAAGACUGUGAGGUUCAACGUCCUCAAGGUCACAAAGGCCGCUGGCGCGAAGAAGCAGUUCCAGAAGUUCUAAUCUAGGAUGUGCAGGAGCUGAGACCAAUUGACAGGAAGGCUUUCUUUCUAGGCUGACCUGUUCUGUUGUAUCUUAAAUAAAGAAUGUUCUGUAUCUU